AUGCCUUUUCCUAAAGACCCAGACCAGACCAUUCCUUCUUUCAGUGAGCUUGAAGCUAAGAUCGAGGCAAAUAUUCUCGAGGAAAUGGACGCACGCCAGAAUCGUGGAGAAGAUCCAACCCCAGGUGACUUGUACUCCAUCGAAUCGUCUUUUCCACCUUAUCCUAUUCAAGGAUCCCAUGUCCCUUCUGACCCAAGCCACAACGCAUAUGGCGAUACCGGAUUCAGAUCCAAGGACUACUAUGAGAAGACUUUUGCCGUUGAAGAUACCGAGCGAGUUUGGAACAAAGUGAACAAAGCUGCUCUCAAAGGCCAUUAUGAUGCCCAAGUUGCCAUGCAGCCACCCAUCAGCCCUGCAAAAUGGACCCUUCACCCACGACUAGCCCCAGCGGCGCAGAAGUCGACCCCCAAGCUUACAGUGAAGCCUUCGGUGUUACCAUCCUCAUCGAUCACAGAGGCACUGCACGUCCCGCCUCGCCGUGUUCCAAAUCCCCCAAGAGACAACUACGUCCCCCAGCGCAAGGCCGAGGGACCCAGCCGCACCUGGGAGUCUGGCCACAAGGACCGAACCCGUCUGCGCAAGAUAGGCGUACAGUUCGCCGAGGUAGCAGCCCACACGGCCAAAUGCGACGAGUGCAACAAAAGGAACCAGAGUGGUAUGUCGCGCUGCAAGCAUUGUGGCUGGCAGAUCUGCAACCAGUGCAAGAAUGACCGGGCCGGAGAUCAGUCUCACGCUUCAUUUGGAGCCGUUCAUGUUCCUGACGUUGGAGGCGAUGUUCCCUUGGAUGGAUCGCAGGAUCGAUACCUGUAUGAAAAUUCUGACUGGCAGGCUGCACAGACCCUAAUGGAUAUUGCAGCUGAAGCUACUCGGGUGCAGAACAGAUACGGGGUUGGAGGCGGGAAUCGAUUGAAUGGGAGCUUGGGCCUUUUGCGUGACCAUGAGCCCCAGUCGCAGGUUGAGGAUACUUUGACUGAUUCCGAGAUGACUAUUUCGAUUGCCGAAGAUGAGGAGAGGAUGGAUGAUGACCCUGAUGCUAGGAUUCCUGAGGUUGCGGUUGACGAGCAGGGCUUGGUGCUUGGGUACUUCAUUGCUCGGCGUAACCCUACCCGUGCUGCCAGACCUUCGUCGAAGAUGACUGACUGA